GACCAUUUUGAAGUAUCGUUCUCGGUUGUUGUCAUUUUUAAGUUUUUAAUUAUUUUAUAGAAACUAUGGGAUUAGCGACAGUAAUUGAAAAUGAAGCACAUUUCCAAUCUGAAAUGGCUAAUGCUGGAACAAAGCUUGUGGUCGUGGACUUCACAGCAUCUUGGUGUGGGCCAUGCCAACGAAUUGCACCGAUUUUCGAACAAUUACCAGCGAAGUUCCCGAGAGCAGUUUUUCUGAAAGUUGAUGUGGAUAGAUGCGCUGAGACCGCUAGUGCCCAAGGCAUAAGUGCUAUGCCUACCUUCGUAUUUUACAGAAACAGAACGAAAAUUGAUAGACUACAGGGCGCAGACCCAACAUCUCUAGAAAAUAAAGUUAGACAAUAUUAUGGUUCUGAUGAUGCAGGUGAAGAGGACGGUGCUGUUGCUGGUCAUAUGGAUUUGAUGACGUUUAUUACUAAAAGCGAGUGUGAAUGCCUGAAUGAAGCUGAUAACCACCCAUUGGCCCAAGCUCUCACCAGUGGGGGAGGGUAUCUUGCUAGUGACUGCGAUGAACAACUCAUCAUUAAUAUUGCCUUCAAUCAGUUGGUAAAACUGCACUCUUUAAAAAUCAAGGGGCCUGCUGAUAAAGGACCUAAAACUGUGAAACUAUUCAUCAAUCAGCCAAGAACACUAGACUUUGACCAAGCAUCUGGGAACACAUCUGUGCAAGAUUUGGAGUUCACUCCAAGUGACUUGGAGGGCAAUCCUGUACAACUGAGGUAUGUGAAAUUCCAAAAUGUGCAAAACAUUCAACUGUUCAUUAAGGACAACCAGUCGGGCGGGGAAGUAACACAGAUUAAUCAUCUGGCAUUCUACGGUUCUCCAAUAUCUACAACCAACAUGGGAGAAUUUAAGCGUGUUGCAGGAAAGAAAGGAGAAAGCCACUAAUUGGCUUGUACCAUUUUACUAACUAGACUGUUCUGCCUUGGCAAUUACAAUAACACCAGCAGUAAAAGAAACUUAAGAGACAUGCACUUGCAAAUAUAAACUUUAGUACAUCUUUAAACAUAGAAAGCAUAAAGAAACAUAACUUUGUGGUGCUACAGGAUAUAUUUAUGAGCGUAUGAGACUAUUAAGUACAAAUAUAUUGUGAAGCUGGAGAUCACACAGCAUUUUAUUUUAUAAAGACGAUAUGGAAUUUCUUAACAUUUUCCAAACUGUGUCAAAUAGUAUAAAAAUAUGUAUUUGUAUGUUGAAUUAUUCACAUCUUUUAUACCUAUGUGUAAUUUUAUUAUUAUUUACUUAUAUUUAUAAGCAUAAAGGUCCAUUCCAAAGGCCAGUUUGUGAAAUGAAAUCCUGGUAUGAAAUUUGUAUAUUCAAUAAAUAAAAGGCAAUAAUGGCAGU